UUAGUUGUAAAAUCUGGCACUUAAGAAAUCCUUGAUGCCUUCAGGGUAACUAAACUAGAGUUUCCUUGAGAACAGAGCUUGUCGGCUAAGAAUAAAGCCAAUUACUAUGUGGGCGAGCGAUCCUUAGGGGAUUUGUUUUCACCAAAGCAGAGUUCCCCUGUUUGUAACGACCAUAUUAUAUAUAGAGGGUUCGCAGUCCUUGUAAGGCGCACGCAAUCAUGAUCUGUGCCAAUGGCUUCGUUAGUGCUCCAGCUGGUCCAAUAUAACCAAAACAUGACAUGAAAUGAACAUUAUACAACACUUGUCACAAGAAAAGAAUUGAUUGUUCUUUGUAGCAUGCUAUGUUUAAUCUAUGACGAAUUCAAAGUCGAUUCUUCCUGAACAGUGGAAAGAUAGUUGUUCCAAAUGGCUGCAUUAGACUGAAUUGACAGUUAAAAGUCUCCUAAUCACUUAUAUAGUCCUUGCUGUUCAGCAUUGUGCCAAACGAUCUACAACACCGCAGCCUUACUUUGCCAGUAGUUCUUAGCGCUUUUAUCAUCUCGCAUUCCUCAAAAUCAUCAGUGCUAGGUCUCCGUCAACGUUGCACCAAUUUCAACGACAAUUGUUGAAAACUGCCACAAAACGAUAUCCUUUUGUGUUUAACGACGUUGCAAUUAAAUCUUCCUCAUGGCAGAAACAAUGGGCUAAUUUUGUAUUUUCCUCGGUGACUAAAGGCAGUAUAGUGUUCCCAUGGUAGGAAAGAGGAGUACAUUGUUUUGUCUAGGAAUUUCAACACCUGGAUUAACGAUAUUGCUUUCUCGUGGCGUUAUUUCAUCAUUUCGUGGGAAGUUGUCGUGCUUGGCUGAAUUUUAAAGAGCACAUCAAAUGAAAGAGUUUGGUUAUAGCUAUGACUAGUCUUUGGAUUGAUGGCAAGAAUAUCAAGCUGAAACAGUUUAAAAGAUUCUACAGACGGCGAAUAAACGAACAGUUUCAAAUAAUCUUUGGCGAUUGUUAAAGCGAAAUAGAACUGCGUUUGAGAACGAUUUAUCCACGGAACAGCAACAAUUAGGAGAUGAAAUUAUUUCAAAACGUUUCCGAUGGAAAAUAGAUUAUGGAAGUGGAACUAAAGUCACACGGUUUCACGAAAGUUUUGCUAUGUCGAAAGCGAUGCAAUCAUUGCUUGAAAAUCAUUCGGUUCUUCGGUCUGCGCUGUCGAAAUUGUCGAAUAAAAUGCCACAAAAGCUGUUCCCUAACAACGUCUCAAAAUUGCUACCCCUGUUCUUCAAGGCACACGCGGAAAUCCAAGUCAUCCUUUCUGAAACGAAGUUUUGGAGGCGUGAAAAACGAACGCAGACUCAAUGAACAAAAUAUGGACGCUAUGCGAGUCGUGCCCACGUUGAAAUGGAAAUUUGGACCACAGCAUGCAUACUCUGUUAAAAACAUGCGAGAUUCCUCGCGUUUGAACACUGGAAAUGCGAAUCUAAUUCAAUCCCCGAUCAAUUUGACGAACUAUGUGUGUGGAAGAGAAUUUCAUAUAUCUGCCGAGGAUGUUUGCGCCUCUUAUGAUAAUUUAGAACAAAGUUGGCAAAGAUCGGUUCUAAAUCGUUCACGACUUCUAUACAAUUCCACUCAAGGCUCAAGCCUUCAUCCUCAAUCAGCGCUUUCAUCUGGGUACUCAUCUGUCAACCAAUCAUGUGCUUCUUCAGCAGGCACUGGAUCGCAGCGAAGUCGGUCGCCAACUCCGGAUCAGUUUGAAACGUUGAGAGAGGAAUGCGGUCUCCGGGGGAGGUUUGGAUCCCAGGUUCAAGUCGGUUAUAACGAAGAGAGAGGGGAAGAGCUUUUGGUCUGUGGAGGAGGGGACAGACAUCCCUCUAACUCACCUGUGAGAGGAAGUCCGGUUUUCUUUCUGGAAAGUGACGAUGAGUCUUCCGGAGAGUGGGAUGGAAAUGAACGACUUGAAAGCUUGAAAAUAAGACCUGGUUUAAAAAAAUCCCUUAAAGACCUUGAGAUACGAUUCUCAGAUUUAGAAAUCGAUACAAAAGUUGGCGUGGGACCAAAUGGACCUGUUUAUAGAGGUCGUUGGCAUGGCGACGUCAUGAUCCACACGCGAAGAGCUUCGCAAAGAGAGGAGGUUGAAGAAUUUAGGAAAGAGAUCUUCCUCUUGAGUAUGAUAAGACACGAAAAUGUUAUGUUAUUCAUGGGAGCCUGUCUUGAGCCACCAAAUCUUGCUGUAGUUGUAAGUUUGAGAAAGUGUCUUUCAAUUCACAAUCAUCUUCACUGCCAAGAAUCACGAUGGUCAAUGGCGACACGAUUGAACAUUAUGUUGCAGGUUGCCCAGGGAAUGAGUUAUCUCCAUGCAAAAUGCAUCACUGUGCCGUGUCUACGAACUAUGAACAUUUUCCUUGAGUCAAAAGUGAAACUUUGCAUCAACGAUUACACUUGCUUACACCAUCAAGUAAAGAGGGAAGGCUACAGUAGCGUGCCUCAGGGUCAUCUCACGUAUCUCGCUCCAGAAGUCAUUUCAAAGGUGAACGUUGAUCUUGUGUCAGGUCGUAUCAUGGAUACCACAAUUAGGACGAGAAAAAUGGACAUAUACGCUUAUGGCACCGUAAUGUACGAGAUUCUGACGGAUAAAUGGCCCUUUGCAAAUCUUUGUCCUGAGACAGUUAUUUGGAUGAUUGGAAAAGGUCUUCCUCACUCGUUAUCAAAAGUGAAAGGUCCGGAUUCUGUAAAGGAUUUGAUCAAGACUUGCUGGUCACAUGACCCCAUUCAAAGACCAGGCUUUGUUCAUAUAACUCAUGUUUUGAAGCAGAGAAAUUUACCCCCGAGUUGUAUCUCUCGUCGACACAGCAUUUCAGAGCCAGAGAAUAUGCAAUAUCAUUGUCCCAUGAAAAGAAUCUAAUUUAAAAGUAUAUAGUAUUUAUUAAGAUGUAUAAAAUAGAUGAAUUUAGGUAGUGGUGAAUAUUGGCGGAAAUGGUUUAUGCUUCGGGAGUCAAUUUGCUUAUUAGAUGAGAUGGUAUAUUUUAUUUAUACAGUAGUUUGAAUGUAUAAAGUAAUAAAAUAGUUUAGAAUUUCAGCUUUUUUAACUUAUCGUAGCUCUAAGAGAUGAAUAAUUUUGUAGUUGUGAAUUUCUAGCAAUUUAAUUUAUUAGUUUGAAAAUUUGAUGUACAUAUUUUAGGGUGGGGAAUUUCUGUAAAAUGGUAUUAUCAGCACUAGAUACGAAGGGGCAAUUUAAUUUGUACAAAAUUAUGGAAAAAAUAAAGGC